UUUUUUUCUCUUUUAUUUCAGUACAAAUAUAUAUAUAGUAUGGCAGUCUUUAGUCAAAUCAAAAACUUUAUUAAAAGUGGAAAAAGUGAACAAUCUCUUUCUCGCAGCUCUACACAAAAAUACGAACAAGCUGCCCGUAUGGUAGAAGAAGAAAACCUGGCUAAACAGACUAUGCCAAGUUAUCCAGGACUAGAAAACUAUCAAUUAAAAAACAAACUUGGAGAUGGUGCUUUCUCUAAAGUUUAUAAAGCGCUUAAAUUAGACACAAAUGAAAAAGUGGCUAUUAAAAUAGUAAGCAAGCAUGAACUAAGCAAUCAACAGAAAGCAAGUGUACUAAAAGAAGCGCAAAUUAUGAAGACAUUAGACCAUCCUUCUAUUAUUGACAUGUAUGAUUUUAUAGAGACAAAAGAGUAUUACUUUUUAGUGCUUGAGUUAUGUGAAGGCGGAGAAAUCUUUCAUCAGAUUGUACGUCUUACUUACUUUAGUGAAGACCUUUCUCGUCAUUGUAUUCGACAAGUAGCUGAAGGUAUUCGUUAUUUACAUGAAGAAAAGGGCAUUGUACAUAGAGAUAUCAAACCAGAAAAUCUGUUAUUUGUACCUAUUCCAUUUAAAGAGAGAUCCACACCUUUACCACCUUCAGAAUUUGAUGAACCUAAAGAAGACGAAGGUGAAUUUACACCAGGUGUAGGUGGUGGUGGUAUUGGUGCAGUCAAAAUAGCUGAUUUUGGUCUUUCUAAAGUGGUAUGGGAUCAACAGACCAUGACACCUUGUGGCACAGUAGGCUAUACUGCUCCUGAAAUUGUAAAAGACCAGCGUUACUCAAAAUCAGUAGACAUGUGGGCCUUGGGCUGCGUCUUGUAUACCUUGUUAUGGCAAUAUACAUUCUUGAGCCCCUGGUGGGAUACGAUUUCAGAAGAAGCCAAAGAUUUGGUUGAAAACUUAUUGCAUGUAGAUCCUGAAAAGCGAUUCACUAUUCUAGAGUUUUUGGAUCAUCCAUGGAUGAAACAAGAGAAACCACCUAUUGAUUUAACCACAGUGCCUAUGUUUACCGCAACAGAAACAAACACCGAGACAGAAGCAGAAGCAUUUAAGCGAAUGAUUCAAGAACGUAACCGCGAUCAAGAAGAACUUGAAGCCGCUGUCCCACCGUGCCACUACGCCCGCCGAGACUUAUUUAGUGGCGUGUCUUCAAUGAAGGAAAUGUUUGAUAUUUCUUAUGCAGUUCAUCGCAUGACUGAAGAAAAGCAGAGACGAAAACAAUUGAAACAACAACCAGAGCCUAAUCACCGGUCUUUGUUCAUGAGUGCAGUGAAUGAUAUGGAUGACGAUGUGGAUGAUCAUAUCACUGAAGAUGACAGCACAACAGCUUCCUCCACACAAGAAGACGAAGAAUUAGAAGCCUUAAGGAACAAAUUGGAAGUGGUUCAAGUAGAAGGCGAUCAGACACCUAAACCUCGUAACAAAUCCAACAAAGACGGUGGUCUAUUUGAACUCAAUAUGAACAAUGCCACUUUACUAGGCAGAAGAAAGAUUCCAAGUGCUACUCAGCCUAUUGACGAACCUUAAAUGUUUAUUUUUUUUUAGCUUGCACUGCAGAAAUAAAAGCAGCAUGAGACCA